AUGCAACAAAGGCUUCAAAUGGUGAUACAGUCUACCAGAGGAGGCCUGGGAGGAGGAAACGAAUAUGGAGAAGAAGUGAAGUUAAGUCUUACAGUGAGAAGCAUCUUAAGAAGCAUCUUUGACGCAGAUCAUGCUCUUUUUUCAGGGGAGAGCAGGCACGAUAAAGAUGCUCUUCAAGAUGAGUAAAAGUAAGGUCUAAUGCAGAAAAAGAAAAAGAAGAAGAAAGGCUCCAGUGAUGACGAGGAGGGCCCUGGUGCUGAUGACGCAAAAAAGAAAAAGAAAGAGAAAGAGAAAGAAAAAUUGAAAGCGCGGGGUGAUAAAAUAGUAUCGACUCGUGGCGGUGAUAAAAUGGCGUCCACUCGUGGUGGUGAUAAAAUGGCAUCCACUCGUGGUGGUGAUAAAAUGGCAUCCACUCGUGGCGGUGAUAAAAAGAAAAAGAAGAAGAAAGAUUCUUCCGGUGAGGAUGACACAGGAAUAUCUGCUCGAGCCGACAAAAAGAAAAAGCAGAAAAUUGAGUCAUCAUUGAAAAAGAAUAAAAAAGGGGUCAGCGAUGAUGAUCCAUAUGCGGAGAUUGAUAAACCACAGAAGAAGAGCAAGAAAGAGACUGCGGCGGAUAAAGUGAUGGCGAGCUAUCGAGCAUCCAUGGCCCUCACCUCCCAGAUUCUCUCAACGAGACCAGGGCAAGGUCUCAUGUCACAACGAGGCGGCGCAAAAAAGAAAAAGAAAAGAGAGGGCUCCGUGCGAAUGAAGGAUUACUAUACUAGUACAAGUCCGAAUGAUCAAGAUGAACCUCAGGUCGUGGUCGACAUUUUUGAGGGGGUCGUUUCGGAAGGAGACGAGCAACAACAAGGUGUAGGAGAGGACGCAGGGCAAAGCAGCACUUCGACGUCUUCUAGCCAAAGUCUUGAAAGAUUGCUGAAGGAACGUAACUCGGAGGACAGCACGAGAGCCGCGCGCUCUUUGCGUAAUACUUCUAGUGUCUUGCAGAAACAGAGGACUGCUGGCUUGGCCUUGUUUCGGAGGAGCUUGUUCAAUAGAAGAAUUAUGACUAUAAGCAAUUGAAUUAAAUGAGGGAAUCCAUGAAGAUCUUGUUUUGUAGAUGAAGCAGCUUGAUUUUGUUCGGGAUGAAGCAUUUUACUGUAGAAUCUUGUUUAUAGAUGAAGCAUCUACUCGCUUGUUGCUUGGGGAACCCGGGCCUGACUGUAUAACUAUACGGGUGGAAAAGGAAAAACAGUCAGAGGGCCCAACAAGAUGAGUUAUCUCAAGAUGGAUUUCCAGAAUGGAUUCUAAGAUGAAGAAACUGCGUGAUCAGGAUGACGCGAUGACUGGCGUGGUGAUGUCACCUGGUGGAGUCGGUGGAAAACCUGCGAAAGGGCAAUUAGUGAAGUCUCCCCAAACAGAUAUCGAUGAGGUUCACGAGUAUGUGGAUGACGAUAUGACGAGUAGUAGCAGCAGCAGUGAAUCUGAAGAGGAACAAGAGCCUGUUGUUCAUCUGUCACAAGUCGUGGGUACAACGCUACGAGCAGACAACAAGAAGGACAGUGUUGUGCCUGUUGAUGUGGUCUUGUCAGCGCAAGUGGGUAGUAUGGCUAUGGUACUACCAGAGGACAAGGAGAAGGACAUCAAGGAGAAGGACAUCAAGGAGAAGGACAUCAAGGACAAGGACAUCAAGGACAGGGACAUCAAGGACAGGGACAUCAAGGACAAGGACAUCAAGGACAGGGACAUCAAGGAUAUGGUUGUCGUCAACAGAGUAGAUCAGGAAGUGCUUGUUCAGCAGUCGCAGUCGGAGAAAGAAGCGGUCGUGGCCAAAGCUGCAGUUGUGGAGGCCGAGCGGCUACUACUUCCAGGUCGUGAACGUGAACGGCGGCCAUCCAAAUCGUUAUUUCAUAGUAAGGAAUCUAGUAUCUUCAAUAUGAAUACUACGAAUACAGCUGGACGAGCUCCCUCUCGUGGAAGCAGUGCAGACUUUGGAACACGGUCUUCCAGCUCUCGUUCAGGGACCAAUUAUAUGUCAGACUCUCGCCAACGAGUCAGUGUAUUCAAGAAAGCUGCAAGAACUCUUCCGAGUCAUCUAGAGUCAAGAACAUCGUCUUCUAGGAACGAGGAGUUGCAUCAGAGGGGCCAUCCGGAGUCAAGAACGUCUAUGUUCUUAUUGAGCGAGUUAGAUCAGAUGAUCUCGCAAGGAUCUUCUCAUUCACCAGGUUCCGCAACAACAACUAAUCCUACUGAUUCAGGAAUCGUAGAGCUGCUCCCCCAACGGUCCCCGCAGCGACCCCCACAUCAAGCACAUCAAGGUCAUAGUACCUUAUCAGCUCCUAGAGGGACAGCACAGCCACAUCAAGAGGAUAGCACUACGUCACCAGUUAGGGAGCAAACAGGAGCAAGGACAGAGAAGCUAGACGUGGCGAGGAUGAGACGGGAAGGGGAAAGCGUUCAGCCAAUAGAGAUGUCUGGAGGAGAAGAACCCGAGCCGCCACCACCUCAGAUGGACUCGGAGCUAGAAGUUAGCACUAGUAUUGAUGUGUCUCGUGAACUACCUGGACGUGGUUUUAAAGGGGACAAACAAGAUGACUCUGUAUCUGGUCGGAGGGUAGUAGAUGGAGAUGAUAGCCGUGGUAAGGUUCUUGAAACGAGUACUGGUCGUGAAGCGGAUCAAAAAGAACGACUUAGGAGUAGUGGAGGAAAACCGGGUAGCCCAAGUAAGGGAGCAGCUCUUCAUCGGGAGGGAAUGAAGAAUCCCGACGGUCGGAAGAAAACUGACGUGGAACAAAAGGACGAAGGUACUACAAGAAAACAAAGAAGUAGUAGAAGAAGCAGUCGUAUGAAGAGUGACCUAGGGAUGAAACACAGUGAGCCCGACCGAGAAAGAUCUAGUACCGAUCGUGAUUUGUCUCCCUACCAUAGCGAAGGAGCUCAGAGCAAUAAGAAUGCUUCUUUUAUACCUCCAAAGCGCCGUAGCCUAUUUUCUGCGGAGACUCGGAAGCCAGGUAGUAGUGAUCAUGCGAGCUUAGAGGAGAAGAUGGACAUGAUUUUUGAAGAAAUGAAGAAAAUCAAGGAGGGCGUCGAAAUCAUGAAUAGUAGUGGCUUGAGAAACAGUGCAUCAGGACAAUCACUUACGAAUGUGGGGGCAGGAGCUUCUCCUGGAAUUAUUAAGGGCGAGAAGGGAAGUCGUGCUCGUUUUUCAUCAUCCAGAGAAAGGAAAUCUGAUGUAGCGCGGAAGGGUAUGAAGCUGCAAGACAAAAAAGCGAAAGUGAUUGGAGUAUAUGAGGAAAAUGUAAUUCUGGGUCAAAGAACUCAACAUCAUCAUCAUCAUGAAGAAUUUUCAACGCGGACGACAUCAGGGACAAUUAUAACUGAUUCGACCCAGCAAACAAGGCAAAGCGGAGGUCGAAGCACGUCACCGAAGCAGUCCUUGUUUGCCACUAAAGAAGGGGCUUCUACGGACUCGUCUUUUUUAUUUGCAAGGCGUUCUUCGAGAUCGAGGUCUUCGAAUUAUGGAGUAAAAGAUCUCGACGAGCAAGAAUUUCUUGGAAGGACAACAAGUAGGACGAAGCCUCCCGAGCAAGACCUUCUUGGACGUAGGACGAAGCCUCUACCCGAAGAGUAUAUUUUUUCUCCUUCCCAAGGAGAGCCUCUACCCGAAGAGUAUAUUUUUUCUCCUUCCCAAGGAGAGCCUCUACCCGAAGAGUAUAUUUUUUCUCCUUCCCAAGGAGCUGCCCCAAUGGAGAGCUGGAGCCUAGGAACGAGAAAGUCAAAAACAAGUCUUUUUGCGACGAAGGAAGCACCACCUUGGGCUACAAACUUGGCCAACAGACGAGGUGCUCCUACGGGUGUCGUGAUCUCAAGAGGUGGAGGACGAGGAAGCAGCAGGCAGAGUCACUUCGAACAAAAGCAGAACAGUAAUUAUCUGCUUCAGGCAUCUUCUACGUGAAACACCUGCGUGAGCCGUGAGGCACCUUCUACAUGAACAAGCACCUACUCCAUAAGAAGUUCAAGAUGAAGGUCGAACAGGAGGAUGCACGAGAUUCAUUGCAAAGCGGUAAUGUAAAGUGUCGGCUGACAUGGACUUGAAACUCUUCUAGAAGAAGAUCAAGAUGAACAAGACUUCUGUUGUACUAACUUGUACAUGUUGAAAAGUGUGGUUUGCCGGCCCUCUACGUUUCUUUCUAGAUGAUCAUUGGUUCUUGUUUGUGGUCCACAUGAAUUCUCGAUGCAUAGAAAAACUCGCGCGAGGUGGGCUAAAAACUGGACAUAGGAGAUGGAGGAUCCAAAACCGAUAUCUUUCGUAACUCUGUUAAUAGUGUUACAUUAUUAAGCUAGUCGAAGUACUAUGGGAGUGUUUAUGAGC